CCGCACCUGCUCAUUUACGAUGACUUAGAAUAGCCGAGUGUAAGCUGCAGUAGGAUGCCACGCAAGGCGUCUGCGCCCAAGCGGCGCACAGAUGCUGCAGAAGAACGCGACGAACCGCCACGAGCCGCCGUGCAGUCACAAGAUAAAUAUGAUUUGGUAGACCUGACGAAAACCAGUGCGCAAGAACCUGCCAGACCGCCCAAGAAGCGCAGAACAGAGCCAGCGAGCAAUUUGACACAAUGGGAGUUGCUUGCGGAGCAUCUUGCAAACAAAACCGACCCGAACAUGCUUUUGGGCUUUGCGGAGCUGCAGAUAUCGUCGGACGCGAGCGAUUCCGCGAGCGAAUCUCUCACUGUACGCGUACACAGCAAGGAGGAUGGCAGCAAUGCGCGCAUAACGUUUUCAUGGAGCGAGCGUGGCCAGAUGGAGCUGGAGCUGCCAGGAGCUGCUGCCGGGACGGGUCUCGUGCGGCUGCUACAGCUGGGAAUCCUGGGCGCGAGCAUCAGCACCGCCAGCGGGCUCGCGGGAUCAGGGAUCGCCGCGUCCCCCAGCCACGGGCCCGGCCCCACGGCGUCAGUGCUCUACCUCUGCGCCCCAGGGCCCAGUUCUCAGGCUAUGGCAGCAUCAGCCGCCGCGGCUCCUCAGGACUGCAAACCUGGCGACCUAAAUGGCCAGGCGUGGGACGGGGACGAGGACGGGGACGGGGUUGUGGAGGGUGGCAGCGACUGGCGGCCUGCCGUGUACCGCUUCAGCGGCGGUAGCAGCAGUGGCGGCGGCACCAGCAGCGACCUCCCAGGCAGUGGCGGCGGCGGCGGUAACAGCGGCAUCCCGCCUCUUGAAACCACUGGGCCUCGGGCCGCCACACAUGCCUACGGAGCCGGUACAAGUGGUGCGGGGCCUUCUGGCUCUGCAGACAAGAGCAAUGCCAACGGCCUCAUGUGGGCUGGCGGACAGACCGGAGAGCAGGCGCAGUCAGGGGCGGGGGCGGGGGCGGGGGUCAGGCUGGUGCUGAGGCUGGGCGUGCCGGCAGAGGCGAUGGAGAAGGUUGGGGUGGGUCAACCCGAGGACACGCAGCAGCGUGCCUGGCAGGGCCAGCUGCUGGAGGUGCUGACCUGGCUGCUGCCGCACCACCACCUCGACGGCGGCGGCGGUGGAGGCGGCAGUAGCAGUCCACAGCCGGACCGCACGCUGGCGGCAGGGGCUAGUGCAAGCGGCAGCGGGGCCGCAGGGGCAGGGCCCUCGACCUCUGGCGCCGGGCCCUCCGCGUCGGUUCCUGGGGCUUCGCCACGGGGGGCCGCUGCUACAGCCUCAGCAUCCGCAUCCGCCGCCGCCGCAGCCUCUGCUGCUACUGCUGCUGCUACCACUGCUGCAAACGCUGCUGCUACUGCUGCAAACGAUGCUGCUGCAGCCGCCGGAUUCGACGCGGGCUGGCUGUACAGUGCCGUGAAGCCCAGUGGCGCGGAGCCGCAGUGGCGCGGCGACCCGCCGGAGUUGAGGCCCCGGCUGCGGCCCUACCAGCGCCGGGCGGUGGCGUGGAUGCUGGCGCGGGAGCAGCAGCAGGCGGGGAGGCAGCCGGGAGUGGAGCCGGGAGUGGAGCCGGGAGUGGAGCCGGGAGUGGAGAGGGCUACGCAGGGCGAGCAGGGAGAAGGGGAGCAGGAGCGGAGGCAAGGUGGGCGCGGGGGCGCGCCGCAGGAGGCGGAGGGCGGGAGGGAGGCAGGGAUGGCGGCGGACGCUGCACAGGCCGCCGGCGCGAGUGGUCCGUUGCACCCGCUGUGGCGCCGGCUACACACGCUCCCAGGCAGCGCGGCGCCGGCGCUGUACGUCAAUCCGUACAGCGGGUCGUUGGCGGCGGUUGGUUUUGCCGUACCGCCGCCCGUGCGCGGCGGCAUCCUGGCGGAUGAGAUGGGGCUGGGCAAAACGGUUGAGCUGCUGGCGCUCAUAACCGCCAACCGCUUUUCGCCGCCGGCGGCGCCAACGACGCAACCGAAGGUGCAACGGCAGCACACGGAGGCGGAGGAGGAGGAGGAGGAGCCUGGGGAUGCGGCGGGGAGGGACGGGGCCGGCAUACUGGAGGAUGAGGAGCAGGAGGACGAGGAGCAGGAGGCGAGACCGCGGCGGACCCGGAACCGGGGCGGCGGCGCCCGGGCCGGCCGUGGCACGGCGGCGCAUGGCGGCGCAGGUCGUGACGGCGCCCGAUCGCGGCUGCGGCGCAAACCGCGCGCCGGUGACGACUCUGACGCUGACCCAGAUGACAGCGAAAAUGACCAGAACGCUCGCAUGAACGAAACGGAUGAAGACUUGGUGCUGGAGGAUGAAGAUCAGGAGGAGGAGGACCAGGUGGAGGACGAUGAUGACGAUGACUAUGUCGCACCAAAGCGAGGAGGGCAGGCGAAGGGCCGCCGCGGCGCUGGCGGCGCCGCCAGCGGAGCCGGCCGCAAGCGCGGCCGCGGGCCUGCGCAGCGCGCGGGGGUCGCGGCGUCGCGGCGUCAGGGGCGUGUGGAGCGAGUGGACUGUCCGUGUGGGCUGCGAUGUGAGGACCCAGAGGACGAGGCGGCGGCGGCCUACACAGGGCUGUGGAUCCAGUGCGACGCCUGCGCGGCGUGGAUGCACGGGGCGUGUGUGGGCGUGCGGCGCACCCCGCGCGGCGCCUGGGUGUGCACACGCUGCCUGAGAGACACGGCCGCGGCCACGGUGUCGGAGCCAUGCGGCGCCACCCUCAUUGUGGUGCCCUCAGCCAUCCUGCAGCAGUGGUACGACGAGCUGCAGCGUCACGUGAUGCCGGGGGCGCUCAGUGUGGUCGUGUACGGCGGACAGACCCAGCCCGGAACCGGCGGCGGCGGCGGCAAGGGCGGCGGCGCGGCGGCGGGCUUCAGCGGCGGCCUGAUUCUGGGCGGCGGCGGCGGCGGGCGGGCGGCAGGGAGAGGCGGCGGCGGUGCCAGGGGCGGCGGUGCGGCUGCAGCGGCGGCGGCGGCGGCUGGAGGUGGCGGGCCGGACAAGGAUGGCCACUACAGCAUCGCUACCUCCAUGGUGGUGUCUGCCCCCCAGCUGGCUGCUGCUGACGUGGUGCUGACCAGCUACGACGUGCUCAGGCGGGACGUGGCGCGGCAGCCCGACCUGGAGGCACCCGGCCACACGCGCAGCCUGAGGCGCGGCAAGCGCUAUGAGGUUGUGCCCACGCCGCUGACGCGGCUGACCUGGUGGCGUGUGGUGCUGGACGAGGCGCAGAUGGUGGAGAGCGGCACGGCCAAGGCGGCGGAGAUGGCGCUCAAGCUGGACACGGUGCACCGCUGGUGUGUGACGGGCACGCCCAUCAGCCGCGGACUGGAGGACGUGUUCGGCCUGAUGGCCUUCCUGCAGGCGGGCCCCUGGGCGCAGCGCCGCUGGUGGAGCCGCUGCAUAGCGCGGUCCGUGGAGGCGGGGCAGGCCGCAGGCAGGCGACUGCUGCUGCGCCUGCUGCGGCCGCGGCUGCGGCAGGGUCAACAGAGAGGAGCGGUGGGGGAGGCGCAGGUGCAGCAGAGGCAGGGAGGAAUGGCGGGGUGGAAGCUCGAGCCGGGCACCGGGGCUGCUACAGCCGCCGGGGCCGAUACUGACACCGCCGCUGCUACAGCUGCAGUUGCAGCUGCAGCUAGCGCCGCUGCUGCUGCUGCUGCUACAGCCCGCUGCUACGCCAGCCUGGGCCUGAUGUGGCGCUCCUCCAAGCGGGACGUGGAGGCGGAGCUGGGUCUGCCGCCGCAAUCGGCGCACCUGACCCGCCUGCGCCUCAACGCAGUGGAGCUGCACUUCUACAACCGCCAGCACCAGGACUGCGCCGCCAAGGCCCGCUCCGUGCUGCCGGCUCGGGUGGUGGCGGCCAUGGAGAGCGGCCGCCUCUUCAGCGGAGAGGCCGAGGCGGAGGAGGCGGCGGCGGCAGCGGCGGAGGCGGAGGCGCGCAGGGCCGCCCGAGCCGCGCGCCGCGCGCAGCGGGCAGAGCUGGGGCUGGGGCCGCGGGCGGGGUGGUCGGCAGGUGGCUUGGGAGGCGCGGCGGGCGCGGCGGGGGCGGCGGCGGCGGGUGCAGGCCCUUCGGGCGCAGGCACCUCCGCGACUCCCAUGGAUGUGGACGGUGCGGGGGCGGCAGGCGCGGUGGAGGCGGCGGGUGGCAGCGACACCGGCGCCGCGGCAGUGGCAGCAGCUGCUGUUGCUGCCGACGGUGGUGGUGGCAGCAGCGCCGCUGCUGACGCAGAUGGCGGCAGUAGCACUGGCGGCGGCGGGGCAGGGGCAGGCGGGGCUGGGGCUGGGGCAGGGGCUCUGUCGGAGCUGGCGGCGUUGCACAGGCGGCGCUGGGAGCAGCAGCGGGAGGCGGAGCGGCGGAAGCAGGAGGAGCAGGAGGAGGAGGCACGCAUCGAGGCGCUGCGGCGGGCGCGGCAGGAGCAGGAGGAACACGCGCGGCGGGAGCGAGGGCCACCGGAGGAGGAGGAGGGGGAUAUGGGCCCCAUGGAGGGGCAGGAGCAGCAGGAGGAGGAGGAGGCGGAGGAGGCGCAGGGGCGGGGAGGCGGCGGGCGGCGCCGGGGGCGUGGCGGCCGGGGUGGGAGGGGCCGCAGGGGUGCUGCGCAGGAGGAGGAGGAGGAGGAGGAGGAGGAGGAGGAGGAGGAGGAGGAGGAGGAGGAGGAGGAGGAGGAGGAGGAGGAGGAGGUAGAGUCUUCGGAGACGGAGGAGUGGGAGCAGUGGGAGGGGCUGCUGCUGCAGGGCCCGGCGGCGGGCAGCAGCGAUGGCGCGCAUGGCGCAGCAGCUGCUAACGGAGACGGGGGCGGGGGCGGAGCCGCGGGCGCUGCUAACGGGGUCACGGAGCCCUCUGCUGUCGCGCUGGCGGCAGCAACCGGGACAGGGGUGGGGGCCCAGCACCAGCAGCAUCAGCAGCAGCAGAAGCGGGCGGCGCAGCAGGCUAAGCGGCCUCGGCGGCCGCCACCGCUGUCCUCCAUUCUGGACAAGCCGCUGGCGCCGCAUCAGGCCCGCAAGCUGCUGGAGCCGCUGUUGAAGCUGCGGCAGGCCUGCUGCCACCCCCAGAUCGGCGCCGGCGGCCUGCGCUCCCGCAGGGGCGGCGGCGGCGGCCGCGGCGCGGGCGCGGCGGGCGCCGGUGGCGGCCCUCACCCCCACGGGCACCACCCCCACGGGCACCACCUGGGUUCGCACCAGGGGCGCGGCGAGGGGCCCAUGAGCAUGAACGAGAUCCUGGGCGUGCUGGUCACCCGCGCCCGACUGGAGGCGGAGGAGGAGCAGCGCAAACUGGUCAUGGCGCUCAACGGACUGGCGGCGCUGUUCGUGAUCCAGGGUGAGCCCGCUCAGGCCGUGUCCACCUACCGCUCCGCCCUGCGCGCCGUGGAGGAGCACCGCCAGCGCGACGGCAUCCAGGCGGACCGCCUGCAGCGCCUGCACACCCUAGCAAACCUGGACCUGCUGCUGCAGGCGGCGGCGGCGGCGGCGGAGGUGCUGGCGGGGCAGGCGGCAGCAGGCAGCGCCAACCCAGAGGCGGCGGCGGCAGCCGCAGCGGCCGGCAAACGGCUUCGAGCCCUGCUCGGCAGCAACGGCGGCGGCGGCGGGCGGGCGCUGGGUGCCGCGGCACUGACGGCGUUGGCGGCUGUGCCGCGCACGCUGCGGGAUGGCGGGCUGGCGGCGGACGCGGCGAGCAUCAGGGAACGGUACCUGGGGCAGGCGCGGAGCAAGGUGGUGGCGGCGGAGUCGGAGUACCGGGAGGUGCUCGUCACCGCCACACCCUUCCACGGCGCAGCGGGCUGGUACCUCAGCGCCAUCGACCUGCUGCAGGUGGAGGGGCAGGGCGAGGCGGCGGCGGAGCACAUCCGCACCAAGCUGCUGGAGGGCGACACCUACAGGCAGAAGACGGAUGUCAACGCCAGCAGCUUCGCGCACCGCUUCUCCUCACUGCUGGGACUCAAGAUGCUGCUGAACGAGGCCCUGGACGGCAUUGAGACGCACCGCGCCGAGGCCCUGGGGUCGCUGGAGGGGCUGGGGCGGCGGGCGGCGCAGCUGCCGGCGCCACACCCCGACUUCAUUGAGCAGGCGGGCCAGUGCGGGCGCUGCCGCAACGGGCCGGUACGGGCGCUGGUGUGCGAGCACUGCCGCCUGGACGAGCGCUUCAUACAGUGGGAGGUGCGGCUGUUCGCGCUGUACUCGCGCGCCCUGACCGCCGGCGCCACCGUGACGGCGGAGGAGGCGGCGCGGCGCGCGGCGGCGGCACUGGUCCGCUGGGCGGGGCGCGGCGGACUGGGCGAGCAGGAGGGAGGCCAGGAGGAGGACGAGCUGCUUGCGGCUGACGGCGGGCGGCGCGGCGGCGGCGGCUCCAGCCAGGUGGCCGCCACCGCCACCUCCUGGAGACAGAGCGAGGCGGAGAUGGUGCUGCGGCUGCUGUUGUCGCUGCUGCGUCAGCACGUGCGCGGUCGGUCCGCAGACGAGCGCGUGGAGCGAGUGCUGGCGGAGGGCAAGGCGCACGUGGGCCGUCUGGAGGCUCAGCGGCGGCUGCUGGUGUGCGGGCGCGCUCUGGGUCUGGCCCAACGCAUGCUGCUGUACGCGCACGACGAGCUGGGCAUGGCGGCGGCGCGCAUGAGGCUGGCCAGGGAGGGCGAGCCCAUCCCGCCGCACGAGGCCAACCUGAAGCUGCAGCCCGCCAUGGUGCCGGUCAAAAGCGUGGAGCUGACCAACGAUCGAAUCCUGGCGGAGGCGGAUUUGCGCCGCGCGCUGGGCACACUGCGGUACCUGCGCAAACUCCAAGCCAUCCAGAACAGGCAGCAACAGAACCAGCGCCAGCAGCAGCAGAAGCAGCAGGGAGGAGAGGGCGCAGCAGCAGCAGCAGCAGCAGCAGGGCCCUCGACUGCAGCCGCCGCCGCGGCAGCGUCUGAUGCUGCCGCGGGGCCUAGCGGCAGCACUGCCGGUGCUGCUACUGCUGCUGCUGCUGCCGGUGCCACUGCUGCCGCAGCUGCCGCCGCAGCGGCAUCGGGUGCCGCUGCAGCUGCACCGGGCGCUGGCGCGGCCAACGGCGGUGAUGACGACGAUGUCCAAAUCGUGUCGGGGGCCGGCCCACAGGGCGCAGUACCGGGGCCGGGGCAGCAGCAGCAGCGGCAGCAGGAGGGGGCGGAGCCGGAGCCGGCGGAGGAGGAGAUUGAGAUGUGCCCCAUCUGCCACGACCCCAUCGACCUACCCGGCACCUCCACCUCCACCUCCACCGCCUCCACCGCUAGUGUCAUCCUGCCGUGCGGGCACCAGAUGCACCCGCCCUGCUGCGAGGCGCUGGUGGCACGAACCCUGGGGCGCGCCACGCCCUACCCCAUGCGCCGCAUCCACUGCCCCAACUGCAGGACCAGAGUGCACAUAGCCGACAUCGCCUACAUCGACGCAACCGGGGACAUGUCCUCUGGAGGAGCCGCCGGCGGCGGCGGAGCCGCGGGCGGCGGCAGUGGCGGCGACGGCGGCAGUGGCGGCGGGCCCUGGUCCGGCGAGUCUGGUGUGGUGGUCCGCGGCAGUUACGGAUCCAAGGUGGAGGCGGUGGUACGGCGGAUCAAGUUCGUGCUGGGAGAGGAUGCGGCGGCCAAGGUGCUUGUGUUCAGCGGCUGGGCGGAGCUGUUGGAGCUGCUGGCGGGCGCACUGGCGGCCAACGGCGUGGCGGCGGCGGUGGCCAGGGGGCGGGGCGGCAUGGCGGCGGCGCUGGCGGCGUUCAAGGACCACCCGGGGGAGGUGGAGGAGGAGGCGCUGGAGGAAGAGCUGCUCGACGCCCCCGGCUCCACCACUGCUACUGCCGGCACUUCCACCGCCACUGCUACUGCCACAGCUGCUGCCACUGCUACUGCCACUGCUACUGCCACUGCUACUGCCACCGUGGGCCCAGAGGCCGAGUCCGACGGGGCCAAGGCGGAUCCGGGCCUGACGCCGCCGCCGAAGACACUAGCUGUCACGCAGGAGCAGCAGCAGCAGCAGCAGUGCGGAGGCAACCCGGCACCUGCUACAGCUGCUACUACAGCCGCUAUGGUGGCAGCAGCAGCAGGCGCGGGCCCUGCUACAGCCGCGGCCCGCGCUACAGCCACAGCGGCUCCCCUCCUCAACACAGGGGCGUACGGCAGCGCCGACGACUACCACCCGGCAGUAGCAGGCUCAGGGGCUGCAGCUGCAGGGGGUGGCAGUAGCCGCGCCGGCCGGGGCCGCACGCCGCCGCCGCCGCUGCCAGCUCUCCCGGGCACGCCUGGCGGCGGCGGCGGUGGCGCGGGCGGCGGUGCGAGGGGGCUGUUGUCGCCGGCGCUGGGCAGUCCGGGCGGCGGCGGCUCAGCUUUGAAGAGGGCCAAGCCACAGGCGCAUGUGAAGCCGCGAGUGCUGCUACUGCAGCUGAAGCAGGGCGGCGCGGGCCUCAACCUGACUGAGGCUCAGCACGUGGUGCUUGUGGAGCCGCAGCUGGACCCGGCGGCGGAGGCGCAGGCGGUGGGGCGCGUGCACCGCAUCGGGCAGGCUCGGCCCACGCACGUGCACCGCUUCGUGGUGGCACACACUGUGGAGGAGCAGGUUCACCGCCUGGCGGACAACCGCGCCCGCGGCAUGGACCUGUCUGUGGCGGUGCCGGCGGCGCGGGCUGGCGGCGGAGGCGGCGGCGGCGGCCACGGCGGCCGGCACGGCGGCCACGGCGGCGGCGGCGGCGGGGACGGUAGCGAGCUACUUACGGUCCGGGACGUGGCCAUGCUGCUGGACAACCGCUGGGGGGCGGGCGGCGGCGGCGGCGGCGGCGGCGCUCCCAGCGUGGGCAUCGGACUGGCGUCGCUGGUGCCGACGGCGGCGGCGGCGGCGGCGGCGGUCUCGGGGGCGCCGCCGGGCGGCAGCGGCAGCGCGGCGGCGGCGGGCGCGGUGGUUGCGACGACGACCGCGGAGGCGGCGGGGGACGAAGGCGAUGGCGGCGGGGAGGCGGAGCGGCAGCAGCAGCAGCAGCAGCAGCAGCCCUAGCCCCUGCAUGGGACGAGCAGCCGUUCUAAGGUUUGAGGUGCACGCUGCAUAGUUGCGCAAUUGAAGAAACCGAAAUCCAAGCGCGCAAUAAUAAUUGAUUGAUUACAUUGGGAUGUGGGCAUGUUUGUACAUAAUGCACGAUUUGCGCGUGUGUGGGUCAACCUAUGUGCGUGUGCGUGCGUGGGGGACAGCCUGUCAUGCUGCAUUGUCCUGUCCAUUGAAGAACCCAACGGACAAUGUGGCUCAUAGCUCUCAGCCGCGCGUGUAGUUCACCAAGCACCGUCGCGACUUUUGCACUGUGUACAUGUGCGGCUGUGUUUUAUGACCCCUGCAACGGCGCGCGCACUGGCAGAUCCGCACGCACAGCGGGUCAUUUCUGUCUGUGUGUGUUGGGAGGCUUUGUGGGGGGCCAGUGUGGCCGGCUGUGUGGGGCUGUGGCUGUGGCUGUGUGUGCGUGGGAUGGGCCGCUGCGCCUGCUGGCAGCUGCCUGCGAACAUGCAACAUGGGCAUGCCUGUAACACCUGCCGGUGGUGCAGUUGUUAGCUUCUGUAACUCACAUCCGCC